CGCCCGCAGCUGGUUCAAAUAAGACAUGACUCAGCUGAGCUAAGCAUUGCAAUGUAGAGCUCUAGCUGCUCAGCUGCUCUACCGCUCUACGCCCUAUUGCUCGUCAGGCAGUGAAAGCGCUACGUCGUGUCUUUCGUCCCGUCGUAAACAUUUAAAAAGAAUGAGAUACUAGUGUGCCGUCGACCGAGGAGGAAUAUUAUUACGUGGGAAAAUUUUUCCUUCCGCGUGUGUUAAAAAAGCUGUCACAGAAAAUGCCUGUUGGCGAAAGGACUCCGCUAAUUCCUAGCGGACGUCAUGACAACAGCGACGCAUCGCCAUCACGCUGGUCUUCCGUCAAGGGGUUCCUCAGGACGAUCACUGUGGAACCCGCCCUGUGCAUGUUUUUCCUCGGCUACGGGAUGGAGAACGUCUUCAUCACCAACCUGUGGAUCGAUAAAAUCUGUCGGUUCCACUUCAAUUACAGCGACGAGGUCUGCCGCGCCCUCGACUCCGGGAAAUACCCCGAGGAGCAGACGAACGUACAGAAGACGACCACCGUCUACAACGUGUACGCCCACGUCCUGCAGUACCUGCCAGCCGUUUUCGUCGUCCUCCUGCUGGGGACGUGGAGCGACAAGAGAGGGAGGAGGCUGCCGAUCAUCGUUCCGUUUUUAGGCUACUUUUUAACUUCGCUGAGCGUCACGGCUGUUUCUUACUUCUGGGCGUUGCCGCCGACGUACCUCCUGCUCGCCUACCUCCCCCUGGCGUUCACGGGCGGCCUGAUGGGCGUGUACGCGGGUGUCUACCCUUACCUGACGGCGGUGACGACGCAGAGGGCGCGGACGACCCGCAUAUCCAUCCUGGCCGUCGUGAUCCUCAGCUCAGGGACGAUAGGAAUAGCGUCGGGGAUAGGCGCCUUCAAACACUUCGGUUACGUGGGCGUCUUUGGAUCCCAGGCCAUCUUGAUCGGGUGUUCAAUCGUGUACUCGUUGCUGGUGUUGAAGGAGAGGCCGGAGGACGACAUCGCCGCCGAAUCGCCGUGCUCAGAGGGCGUGCUGCACGUCCUGUCGCCGUCCUACCUGAAGGAGACGCUGCUGGUGGCCUUCAAAAAAAGGUCGGGAGGGAAGAGAGGAGACAUUUUGGGUCAUAUCGUGAUCAUGAUGAUCAUGGUAUUCAUAGCGGGUUCCUACAAGUACAUUUUCCUUUACACGAGAAAGAAGUUUCAGUGGGACGAGAAGAUGUUCUCGAUAUACGCCAUAGUAGACACACCACUUUCCGCUCUAGGAAUGUUGACGGUCCUGCCGUACCUGAGCUACCGAUGGAAGGUGGAAGACGGCAUUUUGGGCCUGAUGGGUGGAAUUUCCUUGCUUUUCAGUAACGUCAUGAAAGCCACGGCGCCUGCGCCGUGGGUCAUGUUCCUUGCGUCUGUCGUAGGAAUGUGCCUAGACCAAGUCACAGCCGCCUCGCGGGGCGCCGUCUCCAAGCUGGUGGACAAGAGCGAAGUCGGCGCCGUUUUCGCCGUCUUAGGGGCGGCGGAAGCCAUGAUACCCAUAGCAUCUGUCGCUGUGUACACAUACGUGUACAACGCUACGAUCGGUUUCUUUCCCGGGAUGAUAUUCGUCUUCACGGCUGCCCUCAGCCUAGUCAUCUGCUGCAUCUACGUUUGGAUAAUGACUAGACAACGUCGACAACCAACCGAUGACGAUAUAACUUCGUCCAUAGCUGAAUCAAAUGAAUGCAACUCUCCACUCGUUUUUGCAUGAAGUACUCCUUGAAGGUGUCAUGUUCACAUCCGUUUGGGAGGACCAGUAAUAACGUCAUUCCUAAUGAAAUAUAUAAAGUAUAAUAAGAGUCAUUUCUUCAUCCAAUGACCAUUUCCAUUUCCACACAUGGUUUUUGUCUUAUCAACAGGACGUCACGCGCUGUUUACAGUCUGCUUGUUUUGAAGUCAUGCAUCUCUUAGACUUAAUUUUUCAUCGAAACAUGAAUGUUUAUUUCUUAGCAGCGUUUUUUUUUUUUUAUUAUUGAGUAAAUUAUCAUAAACAAUGAUCGUGGAUAAGAUGAAUACAUUGUAAAAUAAUGGAGAAGUAAAAAUUACCUGGCAGUGCGUAAAUGAUAAACACUGAAAUGUCAAUACAGUUCUUACCGAGUAGUAGCUACUAAUCUAUGUAUGCUCAUUUUAAAGCCUUUACAAAUGCAUGUUCACCGAUAAUACAUAUUUAUGCAAGAAAAUUCUUUAUUUACGAUUGUUGUAGUUCUCUACAUAUGAGACCUUAUCAAAUUUGGCUGUGUUCUUCUCUGUGAUAUAUAGAAUAUUAGGUUACAGAAAGAUACAAAAAAUUGUGUGAUUAAACGUAGUCUGUUGGAAAUUAGAAUAGUAGGAUAAUAGCUUAGGAUAAGCCUAAAGAAAGUGAACCAAGUAUGACUGAUUAUUCUAAUGUAUUUGGAUUUAUUUGUUUAUUAAGUUCAUAAAACAGGUAGCGUGGAAUUUGUAUGCACCGACAGAAAUAUGUUAUGUUGGUGGAAUCUUCAUAAUAAAUGAUUAAUUCUGAUCAUUUACUAUAGUACAUAUUGUCAUUUUGCUGUUUUGUUAUUUAUAUUUUAAGAAUCUAUGUAACUUUAUAUAUUAUAUUAUAAAAGUA